AUGCCAAUGCGCCUCCACCUCCACCUCCUCGUCCUCCUCGCCACCGCAGCCGCGGUGGCGGGGGCUGCCGGUGGCGCGGCCACGGCCGGCGCGGACGCGGACGCCCUGCUGGCGGCGAAGGCGGCGCUGUCGGACCAGGCCGGCGCGCUCGCGUCCUGGACGAACGCCACCGCCCCCUGCGCGUGGUCCGGCGUGACGUGCAACGCGCGCGCCGCGGUCAUCGGGCUGGACCUCUCCGGCCGGAACCUCUCGGGCCCGGUCCCCGCCGCGCUAUCCGGCCUCGCGCACCUCGCGCGCCUCGACCUCGCCGCGAACGCGCUGUCCGGCCCCAUCCCGGCGCCGCUGUCCAGGCUGCAGUCCCUCACCCACCUCAACCUCUCCAACAACGUGCUCAACGGCACCUUCCCGCCGCCGCUCGCGCGCCUGCGCGCGCUCCGGGUGCUCGACCUCUACAACAACAACCUCACCGGCCCGCUCCCGCUCGAGGUCGUCGCGUUGCCGAUGCUCCGCCACCUCCACCUCGGCGGCAACUUCUUCUCCGGCGAGAUCCCGCCCGAGUACGGCCGGUGGCGGAGGCUGCAGUACCUCGCCGUCUCCGGGAACGAGCUGUCGGGGAAGAUCCCUCCGGAGCUCGGCUGCCUCACCAGCCUCAGGGAGCUCUACAUUGGCUACUACAACAGCUACUCUGGCGGGAUUCCGCCGGAGCUCGGCAACAUGACGGAUCUCGUCCGCCUCGACGCCGCCAACUGCGGGCUCUCCGGCGAGAUUCCGCCGGAGCUUGGGAAUCUCGCCAACCUCGACACGCUCUUCCUUCAGGUGAACGGGCUCGCCGGCGCCAUCCCGCCGGAGCUGGGGCGGCUCAGGAGCCUCAGCUCGCUGGACCUGUCCAACAACGCGCUCACCGGCGAGAUUCCAUCGACCUUCGCCGCGCUCAAGAACCUCACUUUGCUCAACCUCUUCCGCAACAAGCUCAGGGGCAGCAUCCCCGAGCUCGUCGGCGACCUGCCCAGCCUCGAGGUGCUGCAGCUCUGGGAGAACAACUUCACCGGCGGCAUCCCGCGCCGUCUCGGCCGCAACGGACGGCUCCAGCUGGUCGACCUCUCGUCCAACAGGCUCACCGGCACCCUCCCGCCGGAGCUCUGCGCCGGGGGCAAGCUGGAGACGCUCAUCGCGCUCGGCAACUUCCUCUUCGGCUCAAUCCCGGAAUCGCUGGGGAAAUGCGAGGCACUCUCCCGCAUCCGCCUCGGCGAGAACUACCUCAACGGCUCCAUCCCGGAAGGUCUCUUUGAGCUGCCGAAUCUGACGCAGGUUGAGCUGCAGGACAACCUCCUGUCCGGCGGCUUCCCGGCGGUGACCGGCACCGGCGCGCCGAAUCUGGGGGCCAUCACUCUCUCCAAUAACCAGCUCACCGGCGCGCUACCGGCGUCCAUUGGGAAUUUCUCAGGUUUGCAAAAAUUGCUUCUUGACCAGAAUGCAUUCACCGGCGCAGUACCGCCGGAGAUUGGCCGGCUGCAGCAGUUGUCUAAGGCUGACCUGAGCGGCAAUGUGCUUGACGGCGGUGUGCCGCCGGAGAUUGGGAAAUGCCGGUUGCUCACCUUCCUGGACCUCAGCCGGAACAACCUGUCCGGGGAGAUACCGCCGGCCAUCUCCGGCAUGCGAAUUCUCAACUACCUGAACCUGUCCCGGAACCACCUUGAUGGAGAGAUACCGGCAACCAUUGCUGCAAUGCAGAGCCUCACGGCCGUCGACUUCUCAUACAACAACCUGUCUGGCCUCGUGCCGGCAACUGGGCAGUUCAGCUACUUCAAUGCGACUUCCUUCGUCGGCAACCCGGGGCUGUGUGGGCCGUACCUUGGACCAUGCCAUUCUGGUGGUGCCCGCACGGGCCAUGGAGCACACACCCAUGGUGGCAUGUCCAAUACCUUCAAGUUGCUCAUCGUCCUCGGCUUGCUUGUCUGCUCCAUUGCGUUUGCUGCCAUGGCAAUCUUGAAGGCCCGGUCACUGAAGAAGGCCAGCGAGGCGCGUGGCCAUCUCCACUGGGACACUCGAUACAAGAUCGCUGUUGAGGCUGCCAAGGGGCUCAGCUACCUCCACCAUGAUUGUUCACCACCGAUCCUGCAUCGUGAUGUUAAAUCAAACAACAUUCUGCUUGAUUCGGAUUUUGAGGCACACGUUGCUGAUUUCGGGCUGGCCAAGUUCUUGCUGGACUCUGGCGCAUCACAGUGUAUGUCUGCCAUUGCUGGUUCCUAUGGCUAUAUUGCUCCAGAGUAUGCAUAUACCCUCAAGGUCGAUGAGAAGAGCGAUGUCUACAGCUUUGGUGUUGUGCUUCUUGAGCUGGUCACCGGAAAGAAGCCAGUAGGUGAGUUUGGGGACGGCGUCGACAUUGUCCAGUGGGUCAAGACGAUGACGGAUGCAAACAAGGAGCAGGUGAUCAAGAUCAUGGACCCCAGGCUGUCAACCGUGCCAGUGCACGAGGUGAUGCACGUCUUCUAUGUCGCGCUCCUCUGCGUCGAGGAGCAGAGCGUGCAGAGGCCUACGAUGCGGGAGGUGGUGCAGAUGCUCAGCGAGCUUCCGAAGCCAGCUGCAAGGCAAGGAGACGAACCUCCCAGCGUUGGUGAUGAUGGUUCCGCCGCGCCGUCUGAUCCUCCAGCAGCUGAUGGAUCUGUUGAAGCGCCGCAUGAUGAAGCCACCAAAGAGCAGCAGCAGCAACCGAGCUCCCAGUCUUCGCCGACUACUGAUCUCAUCAGCAUGUGA